UAAGUGAUGGCCUGCUCUACAUAGUAGAAGAAGUAUUAAGAGUUACAACAGUUACCUUGUGUGACUGUAUUCAUUGAAGCGCCACCCCUUUGGCAGAGUGGGUGUACGUAGUUGUCAUCUGGCAUCACACGAGGACAUGUGCGAAAUCGAAAUGCAAACCAGGACGGGCCGUAGUGCUGCCGAGGUUGUCCUCGAGAGCGGCGAGAAUACCGCCGUGUUGCAGCAGGCAGAGGAAAAUCAAGCGGCCUGCUCCCCGCGGGCCCGAUCCAGCACUGCAGAUUCUCUGUCCACUUCGUGCUCCAGUGCAUCCGAAGUUUGUAACUCGGAUGAGGAUUCCAACAGCAUUGAUGACGACCAGGAUCAGGACCUGCUUUUUUGCCCCAUCACCAUGGAGCUCUUCCGGGAUCCGGUGGUGAUUGCCAGCGGGAACACGUAUGAUCGUGUAGCCAUCGAGCGGCAUUUCAAGGCGGGCAACGUCAAGGACCCGCUCACCAACCAGGAACUGCCGUCGUGUUUCAUGAUCACGAACUGGGACAAGAGGCGCCAGGUACUUCGGGGUAGGUUUUUGUGCACGCGUGUUUGAUAAUUUGAUUUUUUCGAAAUUUUUUUCUUGAGCAUACCUCCAUAGCCAGAAGACAGAAGAUGAAUCGCUCACCCUCACAGGUCCAGCAAUACCUGGAGAAGAAGGGCCCCAGUUUUGUCCCGGAGGGCUGGGAAUCCCGCCAACUGGCCUCUGCGGAGACCAAAGUGGUUGUCGCGAGCCGCGCGAACGCGAUUGCGGGUACCAGUAGUGGAACUCGCACGACAAGCCUAGAUUGGUACGUCGUGGUGCUGUACACGCUUUGUGCGGUGCUGGUUGGCUUCUCGCUGCAGACGUUCGCCUCGGUGACGCUCGUAAUCCGCUACCCGACCGGAACGAACAGCGGCCAGCAGUUCCUCGCACCCAGGGACCAAAGCCAGCGGGACAGCCUCAGCGUGAACAUGCGACGGGCGGGAAACUCGUUGCUGUCGGCGUUCUAUCGGGUGAACCACAACGGGAUCCACGAAGACGAAAGCGCUGAGUACGAGCCGGAGACCAGCGAAGCGAACGAAAAUGAGUUCUACCAAAACGACAACUUAGAACGACGCGCAGCUUCGGGUAGGUCUUUCGAAUUCGACACUGCGAGCGAUUUCGCGGUCCGCGAGAAUUCUUAUCUCCACGAAAUCCUGUUCAGCGAAGCGACCAUCGAGACAAAUGGCGCAAUCGGACAAUCGAUUCUCAGUACCAACUUUACAAGGUCUCUUGCAGAGGACGAAGCCGAUGAGGACCAUGAACAGCAUGGUACUUCUUCUACAACAACACCGGAUGUCGAUUUCCAGGAAGACAUCGUCACCGCGUACUCUGCUGAAAGCAGCCACCCCUUUCUCGAGAAUCCCGUCCACAUUGCCGCGCACUUUCUGCUCGACCACGGUGAUUCGCCGCAUUUGGUUAAUUUCGCCUUGAGUUACUUGAAUCAACUGCCGGACAUGGUGUUCAACGCAUUCUUGCUUGGGUUGGAGGAAGCGGGUAACGAAGAAAACACGGCCGCAGCUGCAAAAAGACCUUCAACUGUAGUUCCAGUUCCAGUGUCACCGGUCACAGAAAAGGAGGAGAACGCUCAGCCUGUGCCGCAAGCCACGUCGGCUUCUCUACUGUCGAGAAGGAACACGGUCGCGAUGCGGUCAGGGCGGGAAAGUUCUGUCUACAAUCAAGAACAGUCGCAGCCGAGGCCGAGCAACAUGACUACAACUCCGGCGCUUCUCGAGAACGACGCCCUCCCCGCGAUUGAAGUCGCGGCGAGCGGAGAACAAAACCUCGCUACGGUAGUUCCCACAACCGUUGCUGACAACGAGAUGGACAAGAGCAUUGCCGAUUGGAUCGAUGAGGUGGUUGAAACGAAACUUUUCUCGGCGAUGGAGCGGUACGGCUUGACUACCAAAGAGGUCGCCGUUGUGACCUGGAGAAACGCGACGCAGGCAGGGCGAGGGUUCGAGCAAAACCGAUCUUCCCUUGUUUCCUUCGAAGCAGAACAAGACGAUCUGGAUCAUGAAUCGACCGCGACCGAGAUUCCUUCUGACAGUGAGGCUGCUCUACAAACAGCCGCCCACGGAAAUGGCCCGCGUACGAUCCUGGAUGCAUUCGCGGACCAGAUGGCCGGAAAGAAGGGACAACACUACAAGAAAUACGAGAAAAAAACGGCAACACGAGAAAAAACGUCUUCUCGCGAUGCAGCAUCUUCAGACCCACCUCUGAUUUCCGCUGCAUUCACACCGUUCGAGAAGCAACUCGCAGCCCGGUCGGACUUGUACUUCAACGUGCCGAUUUCCCACAUGGCCCACGCUUUUGUGACCGGAAACAAUCCUUUCGCGCAGGCAGCAGUCACAACUACGGAAAAAAAGAAGAAAUCGAGCUGUCCAGCCCGGUGGUGCGGAAACAUGUUCGAAAACUACAACGGGAAAAAGAAAAAGCAGGACAAUAAAGCACGGGGUCAAGAACAUCAUGAACGAGUAGACAACAGCUUCAACAUCGUGCCGUCCAGCCAGAAUGGGUGGGGAGUCGUCGUCCCCAACGGAGCAUCGUCAUACUCGCACCAGUCGUACUACUCGGAUUCCGCUCCUACCGUAGUCGUGUCUGGACGCGGAGAAGACGCGGGAGACCACGUCAUUCUGAACAAGAAGACAAUGACUAUGAAGCCCAUCCUUCUUCAGGCUUCGAUUCAGAACCGAGAAGACUCGUAUCGGAGAUUGAUCGAACAUGUGAUCUUUGAGCAGGUCGGGAAGUGGAUCCCGGAGAACCUUUCGAUGGUGGCAGAUGUUCUCGCACUUUCGGUUCGUGAUCUACAACAAGUGGAGAAUGCGACAGCAGCCUCGGGGGCCCCGUUUCUACACGUAGGACAUGACGUAGACGUUGCAGAAGAAUACAAUUACAAAUUUUGGUCCGUUUACAUCAAGACAAUUCAUUCCUCUUCACGACCGGACGAGCAGCAACGAAAACUUCUCGCGCAGCAAGACGGGGAGAAGAAAAAGUUUUUCGGCGGUAAAAUCCGGAUGCGGGCACCGGUCGAAGCUUCUUCCCCGCGACCGGAGCGGCGCCCCAGCAACUACAUCGAAAGUGCGGCCAGAGUUGCUGUACCGCACUCCAUGUUCUGGCGCGGACUCGCCAACAGUCUCUCCAUCAUGCAUCGGUUCGCAGCCCACCCAACACUGUUGACGUGUUUGAGUCAGAAGACGGCGGACUUUCUGACCAAAAUUCAGCACUUCGCGACAACGUGGAGAAAAAUGGUGAUGGUAACAUCCAUUGCGGCUGAUGCGGAGGGAGUUGUUCCUGAUUCUCUUUUCAACUCGCGCAGCGGACACUAUGCGGACCUAGUGUUGGAACUGGUGCGCGCUGUGCAGGAACGCCGGGAGCUGAGCUGUGGGCGGAUUUGUGGAACCUGCAUCGCACAGUAGCGAAAAGAACGACCUACCACUACAAGAAUUUGCAGCCAGUUUGAUUCCAAGAAAUAUGUAAACCAACAAACUUUGACAUUCUUCAAAAUUAACUAAAAUUGAUGUCGCACUCGGCAAUUCGCACUCAGCAUACCUAUACCAAGGAAAGUGUAAGCGAGGACGAAAGCCGCAAUGUAAAAUACUGCCACUGGCACUGCAGCUGUUUCUGUUUGUGUUUUGUAAGCCAUCCAGUUCAUCGCAAUGUAUAAUCCCAGACUUUCAAAAAUUUGUAGUGCACCCUCCUGUACUGAUGCCACACCUGUACAAACAAGAGCAAGACAAAAACUUGACGCCUGAAGAUUGUCCUAUUGUCGUUCAAAACUCAACUCAUUGUAUCUCUCUUGAGAUGACAGAGACCUCUCACUUAUGUAAAAAAUAUAGACCACGAGCACGUCAGUAUGAAUCUACGAAGCCUGCGUUUGUGCCAAGUAAAGCUAUGUAUCAACUGCUAGCAAUCUGAAUGUCAAUGUACCGAAAUCAACUAUGCUCUUUCUAUGUAUCUGCUGUUCUUUGUAAACCUAAACCGUCGUCGCCGGCGAUACUUGUACCACUAUACAGCUACUCCUACUUCUACUUGUAAAAAAAACUAUUCUCUGCAUCCGCUCUUUCUAGAUCCAU